AAAAUUUGAAAGAACCUCAAACAAAAACAUGACAUAGCCGUUAUCCCCUCAAACAUCCGCCCCCACUCUCCGCCUCCGCCGCCCUUCUCCUCCAUUAAACUACCCCCACCCGGUUCUUCAAUCUGUAUAGAAAUCCCAUACAAGACUCCAUGCUUCUAAGCCCCUGAGAACAAAAAAAAAAAUGAAAUCAAUGAAGGUGAAGCUGCUGAAGAAGCUAAAAACAAUCAAGAUAGUUGGCCAUAACCCUAAGCAAGAAAGAGUUCUCCGUUUGAAGGCUUCCGAUGGGUAUGUCCCCAUUUCUCCGCCGCCGCCGCCCCAUUCUCCAUUGUCCCCAAUUUUUAUCCAAGAAGAAGAAGAAGAACCGGAAAUUAUUGAGGUUUCGGAGCUGAUGAAGGAUCUUGAAGAUGAAGAAAUGGAGUUUCUUGAUGCGAUUGAUGACAAGGAGAACAUUAGGCCUGUCUCGGAGGCUAAGAAUUCGGAGAAUCUUUCGCCAUUGAAGCCAAAGAUUGAAGCUUUUUAUGGUAAAGAAUUGCAAAGAGGGGAUUCAAGAUUUCCCUCUCCUUUGUCUGAGAUUGAUGUGUCCACCUUUAGAUUUUUACAGGCAACAAUAGAAGCCAAAAUUCAACACUUAACAUCAUCAUUUAACGAAGAAAAAGAAGAAGAAGAAGAGGAGGAGGAGCAAGAACCACCUAUGAAAGCCCAAAAAUUGGAGGAAAAUACUAAUCCCCUACUAGGUUUUGAAGAGAAAUGUCCAGCAGGGGGGAGUGAUUCAGUAAUCCUGUACACGACAGGGCUUCGAGGGGUACGAAAAACGUACGAGGAUUGCCAAAACACGAGAUUGCUGCUGCAGAAUUUGCGGGUUUUGUUCAUGGAGCGAGACAUCUCAAUGCACUCGGAGUUCAAGGAGGAGCUGUGGGGAAUGCUGGGACAAAAGGUGGUGCCACCAAGGCUGUUCAUCAAGGGGAGAUACAUUGGAGGAGCAGAGAGAGUGUUUGCCUUGCAUCAACAAGGGAAGUUCAAGGCUCUGCUUCAAGGCAUUCCUCUUGAUGUUUUGCAAGAGCCCUGUGGAGGGUGUGGUGGGAUGAGAUUCAUCCUGUGUUUCAGAUGCCAUGGAAGCAGAAAAGUUCAUGUUGAUGAUGAUCAGAAUGAUGAUGAUGAUGAGUGGAAGAAGAAAUGCCCAGAGUGUAAUGAGAAUGGGUUGAUUGUCUGCCCUCUGUGUUGUUGAGUUGAUUAAGUAUGCUCGGACACUUCAAUUGGUCACAAAUGUAAAAUUUGUCAUAAGAGUUCAAUGAUGAAUUUUACGGGUUG